CUUGAGAGAUAUUUCAUAGAGAGUAGAAGAAGAGAAAAAAAAGAAGAAAAAUUCCUCGCAACCAACGAAAUAAAUUUCAAAUUUGGUCCCAAAAUCCCCAAAUUUCCGGCAUGGAAGAAGAAGAACAGAGAGUCGUUUUCUUGGAAGAGGAAGGCAGCAGCGGCGGAGGAGAGGCGGUCAACGGCGGCGAUUCGGCGGCGAGUCUGGACGGAAUCGAAGCGAUUCUGAACUACGAGUUUCGAGAUAAGAGAUUACUGGAAGAGGCUUUUACAGACGCGUCGUAUUCACCGGAAAAUUGCUCGUCGUUCGAGCGAUUAGAGUACGUAGGCGAUUCAGUGUUGAAUUUUCUGAUAACGAGAGAACAAUAUUUCUCGAAUCCGAAUCUGUCGCCGGGUUCAUUGACUCGGCUCAGAGCUGCGAAUGUGGAUACGGAAAAGCUUGCUCGAGUUGCGAUUACGCAUGGAUUUCAUCGAUAUCUUCGCCACAACAAGCCUGAUCUUCAUCCAAAAAUAGAAGAGUUUAUUAAAAGUAUAGAAGAUUAUCCAUUGCAUUCCAAUGGAAUGAUCAAAGCUCCAAAAGUUCUAGCCGACAUUGUUGAAUCAACUAUUGGAGCAGUUUUUGCUGAUAGCAACUCCAUUGAAACUGUUUGGAAGAUAUUUAAGGAUCUAAUGGAGCCAUUGAUAACAUUGAAGACUAUGAAAAAACAUCCAAUGACAGAGUUGACAGAAAUAUGUCAAAAGAGAAACCUAAAUUUGGAAUUUGUGGAUUGUUGGGAAGAAAGAAAAGAGGUUCAAGUUUUCAUAGACAAACAACUUGUAGGAAAAGGAAGCUAUCGCAAAAAGCUUAUUGCACAAAAUAGAGCUGCAAAAGAUGCUUUGAACAAUUUGGACAGAGUUCUUGGGGAAUUUAAUCAACCUUGUCAACCUAUGUGAUUUACACCCGCACAUGUCUAUACAAUAAUUAUUAGCUUUGUAGUUAGUUUUUCUUUUAUUAAUUAAUACGUCGUUUUUUUUAUUAAAA